ACUUAGAGUAAAGAAAACAUUUGGAUGCGGAUUAUUACACAGAAUUGAAGUUAUUAUAAAUGAAAAUUAUAUUUGUAGAAAUAAAAAUUCUUUUGAAGAAUGAGUCAUUUGAGGACAGAAAUUCAAAGUUAAGAACUGUUCAAUGUUUCAUAUAUUUUAAUUGUUUCAGCAUGUCUUAACGUUGUAAUGAAACUUUAGUUAAUCAUAUGUAAACAGAUUACAUAGUUUCUUUAAUCAAUUUCAUGCUAGAGCAUAACGUAUAUUAUUUCAUCCUUUAAAAAAAAUUCUAUAAGUUUAGAAAGUUAACAAUGACGUCAAAUAAAAUAAUUGAUGAAGAACAGAUUAAAUUAUCUCUGCAGUACAGCAGAGAAAAUUUCAGCAAAAUAAGAAUACUGAAAAACGCUUUUGUCUUGUGUGCAGGAUUCAUAAUAUUUUUCACAGCAUAUGAUGCUCUUGGUAUGCUGCAGAGUACAAUAAAUGCAGCAGGAGGCGUCGGUGUCGCUUCUCAGGCCGUUAUCUACGGAUGUUUCAGUAUAUCUGCUUUGCUGUUGCCAAAAUAUGUCAUACAAAAAUUGGGAUGCAAAGCUACUUUGAUACUUUCCAUGCUGUGUUACGUUCCAUACAUAGCUUCGAACUUUUAUCCGCAUUGGGCCACUUUGAUUCCAUCAGCAGCUUUGCUAGGUCUCAGCGCUUCAUUGCUAUGGGGAACUCAGUGCACUUACUUGAAUGAACUGUCGAUGGAAUAUGCCAAACUUUCUUUCCAAAGCCUCAGGAAAUUAUCACAUAGUAUUGGAUCUAACCAUAAAUAUUCUUCUUUUGAAAAUGAUAGCAAACUUUUUCCAGAAAAUGAAUCUAGUAAGACUGAUCAUGCAAAACUUGAUGAGCACAGUACGUGUAAAGUGAACGGCUCGAAGGAUAAUUGUAACCGAAAUGGACUUGCUGCUGUGGCAUCAGAAUGCCAAAUUUAUGCCACUUCACUUAGCUCUUCAAAAACUGUAAAACCGAUGAACGAACUGAAUUCUAAAGAAGCAAAGCAUCGCAAUAGUGAUAUUUCCAUUGCAUCUAUCACUACUCACUCUCCAACAACUCUACUUAGAUUGACAGAGUCUACCAACGCGAGGUUCUUUGGAGUAUUUGGAAUGGCCUACCUCUCAACUCACGCAUUAAGCAAUAUGAUGUCAUAUUUCAUACUUGAAAAAAAUAAUCUUAGCCAUGGAAACUUCAGUAACUCUAGUUGCAACUGUGGUCCAAAUUUCUGCAGUGCAGAUUCCUUUUGCAUCAGUCACAACACUGAAGCACUUGAUGUAUCAGCAAGAAACAUCUUGACAGGUGUUUGUACGGGUUUGAGCUUGUUUUCAAUUUUGUUGAUCGUCUUCUUCUUAGACAACGUUCAUAUGGAAAAGAAAUCUGUGACUUUCUCCUUGGAUCUACUCAUGGCGACUCUCAAACUUUCAAGAAAGAAGGAACAGUUAUUUUUAACGCCUCUGUCUUUUUAUAUAGGCAUGAUCCAGGGAUUUUUUGCAAGUGAUUUUACAAAGUCUUAUAUUGGAUGUGCAUGGGGAACAAAUGAAGUGAGUUUGGUGAGCAUAUGUUACGGAAUUGCUUGUUCUCUAUCAUCCACUCUGUCGGGUUACCUGGUGAGCGCUCUUGGAAGAGUUCCCGCGUUUCUUGUCGCAGAGUUGGUUAAUGUAAUUGCAAACGUUCUACUACUUUUGUGGAAUCCAGACCCAUCUGUUCCUUGGAUGUUCUUCAUCGCAGCUGCUUUGUGGGGGACGUUUGUCGGAAUCUUCUUUUCUCAGCAUAGAGCCUUUUAUGGAAUUUUAUUCAAGGCGAAUGAAGAGGCGGGAUUUGCAGCCUUUUAUUUGUGGUACUCUCUGGGAUUUUGUUUGUCAUUUGCAUACAGCAAUUAUUUAUGCAUCUAUGUCAAAAUCUAUAUUUUAUUGUCAGUUUCGACAAUCGGCAUUAUUGGUUAUUUAUACGUUGAAUUGUUUCUUAAAGAAUACAAAAAUAAAAAAUGAUUCAAAAGAGAUUGUGUUUCCUUCCUCAACAACGCAUUUUAG